AUUAUUUAUAGUUUAUAUUAAUUAUCUACUUAUAUAAACUAUAAAUAGAUAUAAAUAGUAUUAUAUUACUUAUAUUUGUUAUCUAAUUAUAAAUUAUAUAUUACUUAUAUAUUUAUUAUAUCUAUUAAUAUAGUUGGAAUUAUAUCUAAUUAAUUUGAAGUCAUUCUAUUACUCCCAUCCGAAAGACCGAAAGUCCGAAAGAGAUGGAUCGUCCUAGAUAUUCGGUUGAUAUGGGUAACCUCGAGCGCAACCGAACGAACGAGCUUGCGAGGAAGAGAUCCUGCAAAGGUAAAUCACAUAUCGGCUCUUCAUCUCAAAGUCAAGAUGAUUUUGAUACGGGUUACGUAAGGAGGGAUGGAGAUGUGAUGACCGACGAACAACUAGAAAUUUGUAAUGCUUUGAUAUAUUUUAAUAAUGCUACUGAAACUUUUAGUCAUGUUUAUAAACCUACCUCAAAUCAAUUUAUUCGUGAAGCUGUUAAUCUCGCCGGUGCUUUUUCAAAUUUUGAGAAUGCUGAUUAUGUGAGUUAUUUUGCUGGUUUUAUGAAGGAAAAGUUUUUAAAAUAUUAUUCACAUAUUCCGCAUAUUUAUGGUAUUGCAUUUGUUCUCGACCCUCGUUUUAGACUUGGUUCUUUAGAAGAAUGUUUGAAUUAUUAUUAUGCUGCUUUUUUUGGUCCAUUGCCAAUGUAUGAGGACACCCCAAUUGAUCCGAAAAAAGAAUACAACGAGGUUAGUGAUAUAUUUUAUGCAUUAUUCAAUGAGUUUCAUGCACAAUAUGGCAAUGCGCCCCCUCCCCCGACACAAACAUCAUCUAAAGGAAAAUCAAUUUUCAAAUCUACGUUU